CUCAGAAGUCGAAACUUCCCAACUCCUGUACGCCCGCCUCCUAGUCAUACCGCGUUGCUUCACUUGUGCUUGAGGCAUUUUAUUCUCUCGGCACGCCGAAGCCCUGCUCUCGACAACACACGGCCUUCCUUCCCUGGCCCUCGUCGACCAAGGAUGCCAGCUUUUAUUGAAACCCGAUCACCUACUCCUGUCAGAAGACCCCGGCUCUGGUCGAGGCGAGAGCUGCUCCGGGAUAGGUGUAGCCGUCCGAAGAGCUCUGAGCUCUCUGGUCCCCCGACUUGCCUGGUGGUGAUGGAUAGGGAAAGGUACCGGUCUAUCAUGUACCAGCCGUCCAGGGUGGUAGCCAGACACACCCUCGCGUACCAAGUUACUCCUCGGGAAUUUCAAAAAUACUGGAGAGUUAUUUUUGUCAAGCUACAUGUUGCCCAGAAUUUUCCCCCGACGCACGUUCCCAGAAGUGCCUCGUCUGCCGUACUGACGGCGAAUCUCCUACCCACACCCGACCAGUGUCGAGGGUGUCGGCGGCACGUGAAUCGAGGCGAAUCCUUGCUUGGAUCUCCUGUGUUGUAGUUGCCCCAAAGAUCAGCGUCAGGUCCGGAACCGAGCUAGGUUUGAGGCUAUAGAAAUUCUCCCUGGGUAGAUUACAAGACAACUUCACGUCCGCAGCAUAUAAGAAAAUCUUCCACCCGCCGUCCCAUCUCUAGGAACACUCUUACUCUCACUCUCAUCCCCUUGCCGCCUUCUCCUUCCUCUCUCCCUCUCCUCCUGUUGUCUUUUUGCUUCUCUCUACAGCUGGCCUGUAAUUUUUCGGGCAUAUGGCUCCCAACUUUAAGAAGGUCAUGGCUUUCGGAAAGAACCGUACCCCUCAUGCUCCCCAGCCUCUGAGGCAGGAGGACCACGAUGAUCUGGAGGCGGGUAACUUCAUUUCGGAGACCCAGAACAUGUACUCCAACCUGGAUGUCGGUGCCCCCAAGGGUGGUGGUGCUCAGUAUAUGGAUGAGUACAGAGCUCUUGUCCGGUAUAUCGACACCUACAGGGACCCCAACGCCGAGGUUGAGAUCGAGGAGGACCCAGUUGAGAAGAAGAAGCCAUGGUGGAAGGGAGGCGGCGCUGCUGCGGGCAAGAAGCAGAGCGACUUCGUCACUCCCACAGACUGGCUCAACACCGAGCUUCGGGACGGCCUCAACACUAUGGAGGUUGAGAGGAGACGCAAGAGCUCCGGCUGGAACGAAUUGACCACAGAGAAGGAGAACAUGAUCCUCAAGUUCAUUGGCUUCUUCCGUGGCCCCAUUCUCUACGUCAUGGAAGCUGCGGCUAUUCUCGCUCUCGGUCUUCAGGACUGGAUUGACGCUGGUGUCAUCAUUGGUAUCUUGCUGCUCAACGCUAUCGUCGGUUGGUACCAGGAGAAGCAGGCCGCCGACGUCGUGGCCAGCUUGAAGGGAGACAUCGCUAUGAAAGCACGUGUUGUUCGCAAUGGCCAGGAACAAGAGAUCCGGGCCCGAGAACUUGUACCGGGUGAUAUUGUCGUCAUUGAAGAAGGCACUGUUGUACCAGCAGACACCAGGCUCAUCUGCGACUAUGAGCAGGGUGCGGAGGGCUUCCAACAGUACAAGACCGAGCUUCAGGCCCAGGACGUCGGUUCCCCACGCCAGGAGAAGUUCGAAGAAGGCGAGGGCGAGGACGGAACACCUCACAUUGGACACCCCAUCGUUGCCAUCGACCAGUCUGCCAUCACUGGCGAGUCUCUCGCGGUUGACAAAUACAUGACCGAUGUCGUCUUCUACACCACUGGAUGCAAGCGAGGCAAGGCCUACGGUGUCGUUACCUGUGGUGCUCAGGCUUCUUUCGUCGGCAAGACCGCUUCCCUCGUCCAGGGUGCUCAGGACCAGGGUCACUUCAAGGCCAUCAUGAACUCCAUCGGAACUGCGCUCCUGGUCCUCGUCGUUCUCUUCAUGCUAGCCGCCUGGAUCGGAGGUUUCUACCGCAACCUGAACAUCGUCGGCGACGCCGAGGACUCGACCAACCUGCUCCACUACGUUCUGAUUCUCCUCAUCAUUGGUGUUCCAGUCGGUCUGCCCGUCGUCACAACCACCACUUUGGCUGUCGGUGCUGCCUACCUCGCUCAGGAGAAGGCCAUUGUUCAGAAGCUUACUGCUAUCGAGUCUCUCGCCGGUGUCGACAUCCUCUGUUCUGACAAGACCGGAACCCUGACUGCCAAUCAGCUCUCAGUCCGUGAGCCGUUCCUCAUGGAGGGAGUCGACGUCAACUGGAUGAUGGCUGUCGCUGCCCUUGCUUCCAGCCACAACAUCAAGGCUCUCGACCCUAUUGACAAGAUCACCAUCCUCACGCUGAAGAGAUACCCCAAGGCUAAGGACAUGAUCUCUGAGGGAUGGACGACGGAGAAGUUCAUGCCCUUCGACCCCGUGUCCAAGCGUAUCACCGCCAUCUGCACCUACCAGGGCGUCCGCUACGAGUGCUGCAAGGGAGCCCCCAACGCCGUGCUCGCCAUCAGCAACUGCUCUCCCGAGCAAAAGACGCUGUUCAAGGAGAAGGCCACCGAAUUCGCCCGCCGUGGCUUCCGUUCCCUGGCUGUUGCCGUCCGCGAGGCCGACGGCCCGUGGCAGAUGCUGGGCAUGCUGUCCCUGUUCGACCCCCCUCGUUCUGAUACCGCCCAGACCAUCGCCGACGCCCAGACCCUAGGUCUCCAGGUCAAGAUGCUCACGGGUGACGCUAUCGCUAUCGCAAAGGAGACCUGCCGUAUGCUUGCCCUUGGAACCAAGGUGUACAACUCAGACAAGCUGCUCCACUCCGAUCUUGCCGGCAACUCCAUCUACGAUCUUUGUGAGCGGGCCGACGGCUUCGCUGAGGUCUUCCCCGAGCACAAGUACAAGGUGGUCGAGAUGCUGCAACAGCGUGGCCAUCUGACUGCCAUGACUGGUGAUGGUGUUAACGAUGCUCCUUCUCUGAAGAAGUCUGACUGUGGUAUCGCCGUUGAAGGUGCCACAGAGGCUGCUCAGGCUGCCGCCGACAUCGUCUUCCUCGCCCCUGGUCUGUCUACUAUUGUCUCGGCUAUCAAGAUCUCCCGCCAGAUUUUCCAGCGCAUGAAGGCAUACAUCCAGUACCGUAUCGCCCUUUGCUUGCACUUGGAGCUGUACCUUGUUACCUCCAUGAUCGCUAUCAACGAGACCGUCCGAGUCGACUUGAUCGUGUUCCUCGCCCUGUUCGCUGAUCUUGCUACCAUUGCCGUCGCCUACGAUAAUGCCCACUUUGAGCGCCGCCCCGUCGAGUGGCAGCUACCCAAGAUCUGGAUCAUUUCUAUUGUGCUCGGUACCCUCCUCGCAGCUGGCACAUGGAUCCUGCGCGGCACGCUCUGGCUGCCCAACGGUGGUGUCAUUCAGAACUACGGCUCGGUCCAGGGCAUCCUCUUCCUCGAGAUCUCGCUCACUGAGAACUGGCUCAUCUUCGUCACCCGUGGCUUCGAGACAUACCCGUCCUUCCAGCUGGUGGCUGCCAUCUUCGGAGUCGACAUCCUGGCCACUCUGUUCGCAGCAUUCGGCUGGUUCACGGGCGGCGAGAGCAACACCAUCCCGCCCGUCCCGGCGAUCGCCUCAGACCCCAACGGCAGGACGGACAUUGUCACCAUCGUUGUGGUGUGGUGCUUCUCCAUCGCCGUGACCAUCGUCAUCGCCAUCGUGUACUACGUCAUGACCGGCAUGGAGACCCUCAACAACCUUGGCCGCAAGAAGAGGAGCGCGUCCGACACGAUGAUGGAGAACAUCCUCACCCACCUCUCCAAGGUUGCCAUCGAGCACGAGAAGGACGACACUGGCGCCAACAGGUUCUACCUGGCGCAGAAGCAGAUCAAGGAGGAGGACGAAUGAGUAUAGACUUGCAUUGUAUGAUCAAUCGGCUGGCGUCCAGGGGGGUUACUUGUUAUUACCGGGCCCGGGGAAAAGGAGAUACCAUACGAGACUGUCACUAUCAAGGGUUAAACAUACACAUAAGGUGUCUUGGGGAAAAGGAGGCACUCUAAUUAUUCCCUUACACCGUCAGUCCGUCUAAGGUGUUUUGAUAUUAAAGACUCGCACCAUUUUAUAGAUGGCGAAAUGAUAAAUUCUCUAUGUCUAAGAACCACUCCUGAUCACCAAAAUGUGCAUUGCAUGUUUAAGCACUCUGGCUACUGUAGUGUGGUGCCUACUCGAGUUUUCGAGGCCUUGUCUCAUGGUGCAAAAGUCGAGCAUGCACCGCAGCAAAGACACCAGUCCGACUCGCUCCGCCUGGCCUGGAACAAGAGAGCAUGCCCACUAGAAAGCACCGACAAGUCACUUGUGUCCGUUGUUGCACAUGAGCGUGCCACUGUUGAUUUUUGCACCCGCUCGUAGUUGUGCGCCCUCAUUGAGCACGGGUUUAAAUGACUCGAAUACAGCUGAUGCCGAAGCAAUGCAGCACGAAGGCAUCAAGACCCUCACCGCCCAUGCACAACAUACCGCCUAGGCCUGAGCCUAUCUAUAUUGUAGGACUGGGGCGUGCGACUGGGGCGUGCAUGCCACCAUGCAUUUGUGUUCUUGACGAGGGGGUUGCGCAAAAACUAAGCAGCACAACUAACUGCCAGCAUGCCAAGAUCGACAGGCCAUCAGAGGGUCGGCGUCAUUGUCGGCGUCGGCCUUCGGGCCAAAGGCGGGAUCAAUUAUGGCAUUGACGCGAGAAGAAUCUUUCUCUUUUCGUCCGCUGCUACGUCUCCUCCCUAGAGCAAACCCCGAUAUUGAACAAUUGCCGCCACGGCGGCGGUCGACGGCACGGGUCCGACGGCACGGGCAAUUGUCGCACCACAAGCACGCUGAGGCAUUAAGCCAACGCAUAUGGCUACUUCCUUGUCCGUGUGCCAAGGCCUAGCGAGGAGAAACCGGAAACAGGUGAUUCUUUGAGAGAUAAGAGAGAGACCCAUGCAUGGCUGUGACAUGUCUCUGGACACAGGCGCAGAAACGUGUUGCUCGGCCCAGGAGGGCUUCCCUUAAAGGCAUGAACUAAAUAGGCUCUGGAGUAUUGUGUCAGCCUACUGGGUAUUUUCGGGCCCAGACCCGUGGGGCUCCCUCGAAGCCGGGCGGCCGGGGUGGCGGAGACCUGAUGUCUCAAAAGGUUACAGGAAAUUACAGGUCCUUCCUGCCGGGUUUGAGCUGGCUUGAUCUGCUGUAGAGCCAGCCCAGCCUCUGGUAUUUCCAACAGCCAGAGGGUUGGUGUCUGGUGAGUAAUGUUUGCCUCAGUACAAA